AUGGAAAUGCGUGAUGGACUAUAUUUACAAAACGUUUCAGAAAAAUUGGGGGUUUUCACUUCAUUGCGUACAUCCUCUCUUCUCUUCCCUGUGGUUUCUCUUUUGCCAUCAAACAAAAUGCUUCAACGUUCAGCAAUCUCCCUCUGCAAAUCACUUUCCAGAUACCCGUUUCAGCGAUCUUCGAUACCCAGUUCUUGUUUUACCUUGAGAUCACUCUCAAACUCAGUUUCGCCUCCAAAACACAUGAAAACCCACCACGAUAUUCUUCUUCGCCCAACAAGCUGCAAUAACUAUGCAACUACUACCCGGUUCAAGAUUUUUGGGAAUACGCCUAGGCAAUAUAGUAGUAGCGUUGAUACGAGCAAAGUGGUCGACGAGAUCAAUCUUAAGUUCGCGGAGGCAAGGGAUGAGAUAGAGACAGCUUUGGAAUCCAAAGAGACUGUCUACUUCAAUGAAGAAGCUGAGUGUGCUAGGGACGCGGUUAAAGAAGUUUUGGAUAUGUACGAGGAGUUGCUAGCAAAGUUGUCAGAGAAAGAAAGGGGCGUAAUUCAGAGGUCUAUGGGGCUCAAGAUUGAGCAAUUGAAGGCUGAACUUCAACAACUGAAUGAGUAG